AUGUAUUUAAUAAACGAAUACUCUUUGUACACCAAUUUCUUUAAUUAUUUUCAUAUAUCCAACCACCAAAAGUCUUCCCAUUGAAAAAAAAAAGUUAAUUAUCUUAAUCAAUUUCUUAUUUUAAAUAAAAUUUCACUAAUCCAUUCAUCUAGUUAACUCUCUCACGAACGACAAAACCUUUCAACAAAGAGCCAUUCAACCAAUAUACAUAUAUUGGUUAGUGAGAGAGAGAGAGAGAGAAGAGAGAGAAAUGGGGAGUUACAACUACCGGGUGCUCGGAGUGUUCAACCGGAAGUUCAAGAUGAGCGAGCCGCAGGCGCCGCCGGACGUGAGGGCGGCGUUCACCCAAUACGCCGACGGCGCGGACCACAUCACGGCGGAGCAGCUGCACAAGUUCUUGGUGGAGCACCAAGGCUGCACCGCCGCCCACGCGGAGGCGAUCGUGGCAAAGCCAUUCCUCCGCCGCCACGACAUCGGCCUCACCCUCCACGACUUCUUCGAUUUCCUCUUCCAAGAUGAUCUCAAUGCCCCCAUCAAUUCUCAGGUGCACCAUGAUAUGAGUGCUCCAAUGCAACAUUAUUUCAUAUAUACAGGCCACAAUUCCUACUUGAUUGGAAACCAAUUGAACAGCGAGUGUAGUGAAAUCCCAAUCAUCAAAGCUCUAGAAAAUGGUGUUCGAGGCAUAGAGUUAGAUCUAUGGCCCAAUUCUGCAAAAGAUAACAUCCAUGUUCUUCACGGAAGGACGCUGACUCCUCCGGUGGCAUUGAUGAAAUGUUUAGAGUCGAUUAAAAAGCACGCGUUCGUUAAAUCUCCCUACCCUGUCAUAAUCACUCUUGAAGAUCAUCUUACGCCACUUCUUCAAGCUAAAGUUGCAGAGAUGGUUACACAUGUUUUUGGAGAUAUGCUCUAUGUCCCUGAUUUGGAUUGCUUGGAAGAAUUUCCUUCACCUAACGACUUAAAGCACAAAAUUAUACUCUCUACAAAGCCACCAAAGGAAUACCUCAAUAACAAGGAUGAUGAAACAACUCCAGCUGAUCCGCAGGAGAAAUAUUUGUCUGAGAGCGAUGAGGAGGAAGAAGAGAAAGACGAGGUCCAAGAGAAAUCGAAGGCACCGGAAUAUAAGCGUCUCAUAGGCAUUCGGGCGGGGAUUAAUGCCAAGAAAGGGUUGAGGCACACUCUUAUAGAUGGAAGUAACAAAGUUAGUAGACUUAGUUUGAGUGAGCAAAGGCUGGAGCGAGCUGCAGAGUUGUAUGGAACUGAUGUCGUCAGAUUCACACAGAAGAAUAUUUUGAGGGUAUUUCCAAAGGGAAUGAGAGUAACCUCGUCCAACUUCAAGCCCAUGAUAGGGUGGAUGCAUGGAGCUCAAAUGGUUGCCUUUAACAUGCAGGGCUAUGGGAAAUCGCUUCAAAUUAUGAAUGGACUAUUUAGAUCCAACGGAGGUUGUGGAUAUGUGAAGAAGCCCGAUUUGCUUAUGAAGAAAGGUGCAAACAAUGAGGUUUUCGACCCCAAACUAACAUUACCUAUCAAGAAGACUUUAAAGGUGACUGUGUAUAUGGGAGACGGUUGGCGACAUGAUUUCAGCCCCACACACUUUGACGCAUAUUCACCACCGGAUUUCUACACCAAGGUGCAUAUAAUUGGUGUGCCGGCGGAUGCUGCAAAGGAGAAGACACGGAUAAAGAAAGACGAGUGGAUUCCGUAUUGGAAUGAAGAGUUUGUGUUCCGAUUAAGAGUCCCGGAGCUAGCUCUUUUGAAGAUUGAAGUAAGGGAUCACGAUAGAUCGGAGAAGGGGGAUUUUGGCGGGCAGACAUGUCUGCCCGUCUCUGAGUUGAGGACCGGGAUACGGGCAGUUUCCCUCUAUGAUAGGAAGGGUCGCAAAUACAAGUCAGUGAGGCUCCUUAUGCGCUUCCAGUUUGAGUGAAAUUGGAUUUUUUUUCCCACUCAUGUUGAGGUGUAAAUGAGUCGAGCUUGAGCUUUUUCCUAAUAUGAUCAUUCAAGGUUCUUAAAUUCAUUUCAAUCUAAAUGAACUUUGUAAAUAUAGAUUCAUUUUAUUUUCUUAUUACAAAUAUGAUUAAUUGAAUAUCUAA